AUGGGUAUCAAAAGCGACAAAAAAGCUACCAGCGAUCAAGCGCGACUUCAGCGACUCACACUGGACGGAGUUUCCGGCACAGAGGAGGACAUGCAGUUGAUGAUUAAGACCAUUACCGAAACCACCGGAUGCACAUCAGCACAAGCCGAGAUAGCGUUGCUGGACAGAGACAUGGUUCUGUACAGCGCAAUCGAUUACAUCUUGGAGGCUGGCGACAAACUCGACUCAUGGACCGAACAGAAGGGACCAAAGAAAGAGAAGAAGAAGUCGGAUGAAGGCAGUUUCAACAGCAGAAACUUCCAGGGCAGAGGCGGCAGAGGUGGAAGCACCGGUUUCGUCGACAGAGGUGGCCGCGGCCGUUCAAGCGGAGCGACACCACGCGAGAGCCGAGACACCCGGGAUAAUAAUCGUGAGAAUCGAGAGCCACGCGAGUUCCGUGAGCCCCGUGAGCCAAGAGGUGAUUAUAAAGAAGGAGGUCGAGGAGGUGAUUUCAAAGAAGGUGGAUCAUCGCGCCCGAGCCGUGGUGGAUUUGAAAGACCGUACGUUGGACGUGGACGAGGAGGCGGAAGCAGAGGAGGAUACUCCAGAGCUGUGGCUCCAUCGUCAACUCUUGAUCCAGAUGCAUUCACUGCUGAUCUUGAAGAUAACUCGACCAAAGUUGAUACCAACGUCACCGAAGUGCAACCACCAGUCGAGGAAUCUGUCGCCGCUACCGUACCAACUUCGUCGGCUCCAGCUCCAAUCUCGUUCGCCGCUGUUGCAGCUGCCGCUCACCGUAAGGAGGCCCUACGAAAGCAACAAGCACAGAAUCCGCAACCAGCACCACCACCAAGGCGGAGUCUGUCUCCACAACCACCGCUUCCAUCACAAGCCGCUCCAGAAGAGAGUCCGGUGAAGGAGGAGCAAGAGCCAGCACAGUUCUCGGAUGAACCAGAAACUUCGCAACAGCAAGAUGAAGGAUACUUCCAGGACGAACAGGCCCCAGCGGUUGAAGAGCAGACGCCGAACGUGUCAACUCACCAUGAUGAAAAUGUACAAAGCUCACCAGAUCAAGCCAAUCAGGCGUGGACCAAUCAACUGAAGUCAUCGCUCGGAAUUGGAAUUCACGAUGCACAAGAAGCUGUGUCCCCAACCCCGAGUGCUGCUCCAGUUCAGACCCUCCCUGAUCCAGGAGUUGAAUUUGUUGGAACCACUGCUCCAACCAACCUCCACGACUACUCAUUUGGAUUUGUUGAUGCUCCCCCAAGCCCACAACUCCCACAACCUUCCGAACCAUCCGCUGCAUCGAUCUCUACAAACAAUGAAAACCUGUUUAACUCGCCCCGAAUGAUCCCGAAACAAGUUGAGGUGAGUUUGUCGAAUUGGAACUUUCCAGAACGAUCGCUUCCAAAUGGCGAUUACAACUUGAAAUCCUCCUCUCCACCGUUGGGAUACGGACAAUCGAACCGAGGACUGUCGUAUGACACUUCAUCCUCCUCGUACCCACCAACGGAUCGCCUGUCGUCCUCGAACAAGUUCAACAAUCCUGGACAGCUUCCGUCGCAACAAUCAUCGCAACAACCACAGCAGCAAGUGCAGCAGCCGACUCAACAGCAGAAUACGCCACCGGCUCAGCAGCAACAAGGACACCCACAGCAUCCACAACAACACAUGUUGUUUGCCCCGCAGAUGCCGUACGGAUACAUGAACUCCUACAUGAACAUGUACAAUCCAAUGGGUGGAGUCCGCGAUGAUCAGUACGCUGCACUCAUGCAGUACGGAAUGGGAGUUGAUUUGAGCAAUCUGUCGACGAUUCUCCCGCAGUCUGCUUCCCAGACACUGACCUCAAAUGCACCACAAGUGCAAUCAGGACAGCAACGAGAGACUCAUGGACUUAUGGACUUCAACAAGUUCGGAUCACAAAGUGGACGUGAUCAGCAACCACAGCAGCCGUCGAAUGUUGGACCACCACCAGGGUUCCAAGCCAAUUCGUACAUGCAACAGCCAAACCUAUCGUCGUUGUUCAUGCAGCAGCCAUACCCGGCCGCUCCACACACCUUCGGAUUCAUGAACAUGAUGCCGAAUGUGGGAAACAGCGCCGGCGGCGGACGUCAGAUGUACGGACAGGACGACGAGCGCAAGAGCUACGAUAAGAUGGCCGGCGCCAAAAACGGCAGUAUCAUCUACAUAACAUCAUGUAUGGGAUACACCCCAUCAAUCGAUAUGGGUCUCUACUCGGUCGCCUCAAACAGUGUUCUCUCGUUAACAAAAGCAGUCGCCCAGUCGGCGGCGAAAAAAGGCGUUCGUGUGAAUAGUGUGGUGUCUGGAAUGGUCGAAGGAGACGGUUCGGGAGCUGUGUGGGACCAGACGAAUGGGGAGGAAGCGAGACAAAUCAAACAACAUUUGGAGGCGAUGAUACCGUUGGGACGGUUGGGACGGCCAGCCGAUGUUGCUAGUUAUGUCGAGUUUUUGGCAUCCACGCGAUCAAGAUAUCUAAAUGGAAUAACGACGCCCGACUGCUACUACGUCAUCCAAUGUGGCCUUCAAGAAUCGUCAAAACCCACAAAUCUGCUCUUCGCCAACCGACGAACGGACUACGAAACCCUCUGGGAAGGACCCCUUCCAUCGGAGACCGAAUGGGAAAAAACGGCGAAUUUUUCGGAGCUCUCGCCGACGAAUCGAUUGAUUCAAACGCUGGAAAAAGUGGUUGACAAAGGGACCGCUGUGUUUUCCAACACCGCUUCGGACGAUGAUUUUUUGGAGAAUUUUUUGAAGACAAAAGCCAAUUCGUUGAGUUCUGUGGAUCAUUUUAUGAGUAGCGACUUAACGACGCUCAAGACGCUGCCGACCGCGACGCCGACGCGCGCCGCUUCCAAAAUUGGAAAAUUGGUGCGGUGCCAAAAAAGCCAAAAUUAUCGAUUUCUGAUUCAGAUUGAACGUCUUCGAGUGAUCAAAUCGGACAACGAGAUGGACGCAAUGCGUGACGUGUGCAAUUUGGGUGCUCAAACGAUGAGCUCAAUGAUAUCCGGAGCCAAAAACGUGCACAAUGAAAAUGCGAUUUGUGGAUUAUUGGAAUUCGAAGGACGUCGACGCGGAAGCGAGAUGCAAGCCUAUCCGCCAGUGAUUGCAGGCGGCGUUCGCGCCAACACAAUUCACUAUCUGGACGCCAACGCGGACCUGAGCCCCACCGAGACGGUGCUCGUCGACGCCGGAUGCGACUUGAACGGCUACGUUUCGGACAUUACCCGAUGUUUUCCGAUUUCCGGGCACUGGUCCGACGCCCAACUCUCCCUGUACGAAGCCCUUCUCUACGUGCACGAACAACUUCUAACCUAUGCCCAUAAUAUGGAAAAAGUCCGCCUAUCGGCACUUUUCCGACGAAUGAAUGAGCUGUUGGCGGCGAGUUUUUCGGAAUUAGGACUAAUCAAAUCGACGGACCCAAAGGAAAUGAUUCAUUUGGCCGAGAAACUGUGUCCUCAUCAUGUCAGUCACUAUCUCGGAAUGGAUGUUCACGACUGUGCUACAGUAUCCCGUGACGUGGAUUUACCCGCGAAUGUGUCGUUUACAAUUGAGCCAGGUUGCUAUGUACCAAUGGAUUGGCCGGUUAAGGAAUUCCGUGGCAUCGGCUACCGUAUCGAAGAUGACGUGGCAACUAGCUCAUCUGGAGGCAUCGAGCUGCUCACCGCCGCCGUGCCACGCGACCCGUUGGAAAUUCAAAGGCUCAUGGGAACGGCGGAAUAG